AUGAAGUAUCGCGAGUUUUCGGAAUAUUCUAUUCUAAUUAUUCUGCUUCUACCAUCGUUUACGGUUGCCAAAUGCGUCAUCACCGGAUUGUGUCAUCCGCAUACUCCAAAUGCUGUCGCGCCGUGCGUCGUCAAUCAAGAUCCUGUGCCAUUCAAUUCGUCUAGUCCCGUCUAUGAAAGAUUUACUAAAUACUGUGCAGAUCUUGCACUGAAAGAGUCUGCGGUAUGCUGUACACCUCCUCAAGCUGAUCAUUUUUUGAAGCAAUUAACGUCAGCGGAAUCCAUCUUAGGAAGAUGUCCAUCGUGUUUUGACAACUUCGCAAAGCUUUGGUGUGAAUUUACAUGUUCCCCACAUCAACACUUAUUCGUGGAGCCGGCGGCAGUGAAGCCUAUUGAUCCUGCUGUUAGCUACCUUCGUGAAAUGCCAGAAGCCAGUGAAUAUGUGGAAUCUGCUACUUACCGAAUCUCUGAUCGUUUUGCAAAAGACAUGUUCAAUUCAUGCAAAGAUGUGACGUUUUCUGGAAGACAAGCAAUCAGUAUGAUGUGUAACACAAACCCAUGUACUAUUGAAAGCUGGCUGAAAUUCAUUGGCACAAAAAAUAUCGCAAUGAAUAUUCCGAUCAACACAAACUUUGAAAUCGUUCCUCUUGAUAAUUCAAGUAACAUUCAAAAUGCGCCAUAUAUGGAUGUGAAGUGUACACCGUGCAAUCAGCCAGUGAAGCCUGGCGGAUUAGCUUGUGCCCGAAUGGAAUGCAACAAGGAAGAGUAUGAAAAUAUCAUUGACUUGGACGAUGGAAAACUUUCAGUGGAAUUGUGUCAAAUCCGAGGUCUCGAUUGCAACAAAGUAUUCGUUUUGAUGACAACAUUUGGUUGUCUCGCUAUGAUCUUUUGCGUCGCAGUGUUUUACACGACUGAUAAGGAUUACGAAGCGAUUCAACGACCAGCAAGCGGCAGAAUUAAACGUACAGGAAUCUGGAUUCAAAAAGCCAUUGAAGAAAAUGUGAAACUACUAGGAAUAAGAGCAGCUCAAAAUCCAAGCUCAUUUUUCUUAUCUGGAACGUUAAUCUUGUUCUCUCUUGGUGGAAUGGUGUAUCAUAAGGAAAACAACAAUGUAGCCGAUAUGUGGUCUUCUCCACACUCAAGAGCUAGAAUUGAAGAAACUGUUUUCAAUAAUUACUUUGGAAAAGUCAAGCGCUACGAGCAAGUAAUGUUCCUAGCCAAAAAUGGAUACACAAAGGAAAAUGGUCUGACUGGUCCAAUAUUUGAUGCAAAAACCUUUGAGGAAUUCUUCGAUCUGAUCAACCAAAUUCGCGCAAUAACCGCUUAUGACCGGAAUAAUAGAACAAUUACACUCGACGAUGUUUGUUAUCGGCCGAUGGGACCUGGAUAUGAUUGCUUAAUUAUGUCACCCCUCAACUAUUUGCAAGGAAAAAAGAGUAAUAUGCUUUUGAAACAGUCAAUUGUUGUGGAGGACGAAUCUGAGGAUGAUUUUGACUAUGAGGAUACUGUUCAGACAGACAAUGUCUGGAACAGACACAUAGACGAAUGCAUAAAAACCCCGAUGUCUCAAAGAACGUCAUUCAAUUUGAGUUGCUUCGGCACUUACGGUGGACCGUCAAAUCCGAAUCUAGUAUUUGGAAGAAAACCAGGCGAUAAAUUAUUCCAAAGUGCAAAUUCUAUCAUAGCGACAUUUCUUGUCACUCAGAACACAGAAGCGGAAGUUGAACGAGCUGAGCUAUGGGAACUCGAGUUUUUAAAAUUCUGCCACUCUUAUACAGCGCCUUCAAACGUGUUAUUCUCUUACAUGUCGGAACGAUCAAUUCAGGAUGAAAUCGAAAAUGAUGCAAGCAAUGAGAUUGUAACCAUCACUAUUGCGCUAGCAUUUUUGAUUGGAUACGUCACAUUCUCACUUGGAAGGUACUUCGUAUGCGACAAUAAGCUCUGGUCAAUCCUUGUUCACUCCCGCAUUCUUCUGGGAUCAUCCAGUGUCAUCAUCAACAUUUUGAGUUCGUUUUGCGCAUGGGGUCUUUAUUCUGCGUUUGGCAUUCAUCCAAUAAAAAAUGCUCUGAUUGUGCAAUUCUUCAUGGUCACUGUCAUUGGAGUGUCUAGAACAUUUUUGCUUGUUAAAUACUAUGCACAGAAGCGCGUUGAAGCGAGUGUCUAUCUCGGUCCGAAACAUCUUGACCAAAUAAUUGGGAGUGUCACCGAAGUCACAAUGCCUGGAGUUAUUGCUAGCUCAUUCUCCUGUGCAUUUGCUUUUCUCACCGGAAGUUUUGCCCCGAUUCCAGCCAUUCGCUCAUUUUGUCUUCUCUCGGGAUUAGCAGUUAUGAUAGAUUUGUUUUUACAUUGCACCAUCUUCAUGGCUCUUUUCGUUUGGGAUACCAAGAGAGAACUUGAAGGACGCGCUGAAAUAUGUGUGUAUUUGAAACUUGACGAUCCAGAAGACGCGUAUCUCGUUGGAAGAGAAAAGAACACUGACACUUACUCAAGUCAGUUGUUCCGCUCAACGUUUGCUCCAUUCUUGAUGAAAAAGAUUGUUCGCGUAUUUGUGAUGAUUGUUUGCCUGGCAUCCUUCGCAUUCUCGAUUUUUAUGUCCAGCCACAUUGAAGUGGGAUUAGAUCAAACCAUGGCGUUCUCUGAGGACAGUUAUGUAACCUAUCAUAUGCAUCACUUGGACAAUUAUGUAGAUGCUGGACCACAAGUAUUCUUCGUUGUUGAUGGUGAAAUUGAUUGGCACGAACACACGGUGCAGAAUCGUUUCUGUAGUCUUCCGGGAUGCGAUGAUGAUUCGUUUGGAAACAUUUUGAAUUAUGCGACGUCAAAUACUGAAUUGACUGGUCUUACCGGCGAGAAUUACAACUGGAUUGAUAAUUAUCUUCAAUGGAUAUCGAGGGAUAGUCCAUGCUGCAAGGUGUUCGUCGACGAGCCAAAUGUUUUCUGCUCAACAAACCGAAACCAAACACUGAAUGACAAAGAUUGUCGCCCUUGCAUGGAUUUCGAUUAUGAGGCUAACCUAUACCCGAAAGGUUCAGUUAAGUAUUCACGGCCAUCUCCCACUAUGUUCUAUAGACAUCUCAAAGAUUUUCUUGAAGACACGCCAAAUUCGGUGUGCGUUUUUGGAGGAAAAGCCCAGAUGAAAAACGCGAUUUCCUUCACAUCGAAGGGAACUGUACAAGCAUCACACUUCAUGACAUUCUUGCGGAAACUGUCAAUCAGCAAUUCGUCUGAUUUCAUUUGGACUAUGGAGCGUUCUCGAAUGGUUGCUCGCCGUCUCGAAAGAGCAAUUGGUCACAAAGCGAAAGUUUUUGCUCACAGCAAAGUUUUCCCGUUCUAUGAACAAUACUCAUCAAUCCUGCAACUCUUGUUCUCACAAGUGUUGUGCAGUUUGACUGGAAUUUUCUCAAUUGGAGUGUUAACAAUGGCUCUUGACUUCAAAGGAAUAUUGUGUGUUGCGAUAUGUCAAGUUUCCAAUUUUUUCCAUGUUCUUGCCCUCUCUCAUUUACUUGAUAUUCAAAUGAACGCAAUGUCUGGAUCGAAUUUGAUUGUGGCGACAGGAAUCUUCACCGAGUUUGGAUUGAACGUCGUCAAAUGCUAUCACACCGCAGAUUUCCCUUCUGCUGUUGAGCGUGCACAAUAUACUGUUGCCAAUAUUGUUCCUAUCAUAUUCUCGGGUCCAGUCGUUACAAUGGCUAUUGCAACAAUGUUCCUUGCCACUUCUAAUCUUCGUAUCAUCACGGUGUAUUUCUUUAAAAUGAUAAUGAUCAUUAUUUUGUCUUCUGGUCUUCAUAGUCUUGUUAUUCUUCCGGUUCUCCUUUCCUUUGGUGGAUCGAGAUCCCACAGAAAAACGAACUAUGUGUCUCAUGGAAGAACAACACCAUGCGACGUGGAAAGCAAGUUAUUGUCAAACACAGCCGAAAGUCAAUUAGCCACCUAUCAGAACGAAGAAGAUCCAACUAAUGUUUUAGAGCAGCGUCUGCAAGCCUUUUUGGAGACGAAUGUUGACAAAGAAUCUUCAACUAGCGAACAUUCGCCACCAAAAGCCGCUGUGGAAAGCUUAAGCAGUAGUGGGGAAAACAGUCCAACAACGAAAAAUGUCUGA